AUACUACUAACAAAAAUAUUUGGCAUAACGUAAGUCAUUUUGCGGAAAGAUAUUUUUCACGUAGAACUUAGAACCUAUUUUAGCGGAGCAUCGAUUUUGCCCGGAGUAUCGCCGAGCAACAGAGUCCCAAUUAUAAUUUGCUGAAAUAGAUAUAUACAUGGCUGUAUAAUUGCAUGAUUCUGAUGGGGCAUCACGAGACAAAGUCUUCCACUAGUAGGGAUAGGUCUCCAUCACAACAGAGGCGCAUGCAUAGGCAUGGGACUAAGGCCAUGGAUUUGGAUAGAGAAUUGUCAUCUGAAAGAAGAGAACGAAGGUCAGGAAGAGAUGUAAUUGAGCAUAGGUCUCCUAGGCCGAGACAUGAUUACUCCUAUUCGGCUUCAGAUCAUCAAAGCAUGGAUCAUCACAGAUCCAGUUCAAGUUUUAAUGUUAACACAGAAAGACAAAAUGAGGUCUUCAACUCAACUGGUCCCGAAAACUGGAAGGAAAGCAAUGAUCCCGUGACUAAAACGAAAGCAAAUGAAGAGUACCUGGAAGCUAAAGAGGAGCAAAUGACAUUGUUAAAGCUGUCCGGAGAUCUUACUACAGAAUCUGAACAACACACUGGUGCAGAGGGGAGGAAGGAGGAAACCAAGAUUUCACUGGAAUACAACACCGACAUGAAGAAGGCAAGACUCCAUUCAACACUGGUUGCUCUCCUCGACGAUCCUGUGCUAUCUGAUGUACCCAAAAAACCAACUCUGAUGGAUGUGGACACCCUUAUCAGCUUGGAACUUGGGAGUGCCAUGCGCAUCUCUAUCCUCAAAUUGGAUGGCAGCUGCUUUGAUGUAACAGUGAUGAAUUCCGCGACAGUUAAAGACUUGAAACAAGCUGUUCGGAAAAGGAUUGAUGACAGUGAGCAAUCUAAGAUGGGCCAUCGGCAUAUUUCUUGGAGGCAUGUCUGGUCAAAUUUUUGCCUUUUAUUUCACAAUGAAAAGUUACUUGACGAUACUGCUAAACUUCAGGACUACGGCAUUAGGAACAAUGCUCAGGUGCAAUUCAUUCCCUAUGUCAUCUCCAGGGCCUCAAAGAAGCAUUCAAAGAGGAGAAAACACCGAUUUUUUCAUGGCCUAAGCAAAAAGGGACGAACAACUGAUUGAAUCAGGGGUCAGAUUACCGUAUACAGAAGCCAUAGAAUGCUUCUAUCUGGCUUCUAACCAUGGAUGUAAUAGCAACGCUGGUGUAAAACCAAGGAAAAGAAAAUCAAGCCUAGGCGCCUUCUCAAUUGCCUAGUUUUGACAUGAGCUUGAAUGGAGUGAGAUGGCCAACAAGUAUUCAAAUAGUUGAGCUCUACUUUUGUGGAUUGAGGUCUAGUUGCUGCUUUGUUCAACCGCCUAGCUUUAUAAAGUAUAGCUACGAGAGGUACCAUUUUAUGUUAGAUUUUUCCCUCUGUAGAAAACUCUUUGGUUAACCGUGUUACUUUCUGAAACGUUUUCUGGUUUUGUACUAGAAGCGUUAGCUCAUCUGCUUUUGUUUGUGCCAAGAGACUAGUGCCCUUCAGAUAAAGGUGUCCUCGGUUUGGUUUAACUUGA